UCGUUCGACAUGCAUGAUCAUAACGAUUUUUUAUCACGAGCGAUCGUACGUUAUCAUGAAACGAUUGGAACAAACUCGUGCAUGAAUUUGUGCCGUGUAUUGAGGAUAGUUCCUUCAUUCAUUUUACUCGUUAAUUUAAGAAAGUAGGAAAAAACAUAAUAAAAAAUAUAUCAUUGUACGCAUUUACAGGAAUUGAUCGAGCGACAUAUAUAUGAGAGAUAUGUAUAUACAUGUAUACAUAUAUAUGUAUGAUAAAUAAACCGACUCAUCAGCAAGAAUUGCGCGAGAUAAAAAUUUCGUUCGAUGAUAAUUCAAUGUAUGUCGUCGCUUCCCGAAUGUACCUGCAUAAAUAACAGCAACAUAGAUAAGACUGAUAAUUAAGAUACUUGUGAAAUUAACGCGCCACGGCAAAAAUGACUUUAGCUCUGAAGGUUAGAGGAUGACUAACAGCUGAUUAGCAUCAUUCGUCAUUGUUCGUUUUAAAAUACUGUAUAUUGUAUACCGCACGGCAUUUAUGUUUGUCAAUAAAUUGUUGCUUGCUCGAUAGUGGAAAAUUUGGCAAAAGUGUGUUUGAGAGAAAUAAAUCGCAGAUAGAAUCGUAAAUAGUAUAUUUUCAUACAUUCCUGCAUACAUUCUCUGAAUUUGUAAAAUACAAUGUCAUGGAUAAGGGAAAACACUUUGAAUUUAUUUCAAUCAUUGGCUUUAAAGAUUAUAAAGACUGGUCAUGUACCUAAACAUGUAGCAUUUAUAAUGGAUGGUAAUCGACGUUAUGCAGAGAAACAGAAAAAGGCUGGAAUAGAGGGACAUGUGGAAGGAUUUGAUAAAUUGGCAGAGACAUUAAAGUGGUGCAGGGAUCUGGGUAUUAUAGAAGUCACAGUGUACGCUUUUAGUAUAGAGAACUUUAAUCGCAGUGAAGAAGAAGUUAGCGGACUUAUGGAACUUGCUAGGUGCAAGUUUAUGCGUCUCUUAGAAGAGAAGGAUAAAUUGGCAGAGCAAGGAAUAUGUAUUCGUGUAAUUGGCAAUUUAUCUUUACUUUCAGAGGAUAUGCGUAAAUUAUUUGCCGAAGCUAUGAUCAUCACUGAAAAUAAUGAUAAAGCAACUUUAAAUAUUGCUUUUUCUUAUACAUCAAGAGAUGAAAUUACUCAUGCAAUCAAGGAUAUAGCAGUUGGUGUAAAACAUGCUGAUAUCUUACCAGAAGAUGUUAAUGAAAAUCUAAUUUCUCAGUGUUUAUAUACUUAUAAAUCCUUGAAUCCAGAUUUAUUGAUUCGUACUUCUGGAGAAGUACGACUUAGUGACUUCCUCUUGUGGCAAAUCUCCAAUUCUUGUGUCUACUUUACCAAUGUAUUGUGGCCUGAAUUUGGUAUAUGGAAUUUACUUAGCGCUAUUUUUUACUAUCAGAAAUGUUAUUCUGAUUUACAAAGAAUUGCAAAAGUACAACAGUUGAAGCCAAUUAUAGAGCACAAUGAUAGAACAUCUAUGUAUAUUAAUAAGUUGCAUCAUGAACGUCAAGUUAUGAUUGAAAAUAUAUAUUUGUCAACAGUUCAAUCAUAGAUAUUAAAUAAAUGUCCACUGAGCGCUUAUAUUUCAGCAAAUACAAAUAUGCUGAAAACCUGCCACUCAUAUUUUGUUUUAAAUCAUUCUAAAUCAGGAUAAAGUGUAAAGUAUCAGUGGCAAUUAGAUAUAAAUUGUUGAAAAAUUAUAAUAUUAAAAAAUUUAUGUAACUCAGGGAGAUAACUACAAAUAAUUCUUCCAGUUAUAUGUAAAAUAUAUUAGAAAAUAAAUGCAUGUAUAUAAAAGAAAGCAAAAAUAAAUCUUUAAAAUAUCUGAGCGAGAUCCAAGAUUGAAACAUGCGAAUAAUUACAACAAAAUUGCACAAUAAAAUCUUUACUUUUGCAAA